AUGCUCAUCAGAUACCUCCUCUCCGCCGCCUCUCUCGUCGCUAGCGUCCGAGCGGCAUGUGGUGUCCCCGUCCUGGUCGCCCCGACCAACGGCGCCGCCCUCACCAACAGCCGGGUCUCGCACUCGGCCUACUCGACAGAUCCAGCUUGCAGAAAAAUUUUCCUUUGGUAUGAUGGGUCGAUUAUCAGCUACCAACAGCUCGACGGUGUCGGGCCAUCCUUCAGCAUGACCGGCUCUGAUCUGCUCCGAGAUGGUACGCAUACCAUGUACGUCUCGGUCACUGGACCAGAUGCCAAUGGUCAGGAUCUUCCCCAGGUCGCUUCCGCUCCCAUCACCUUUACAAUCGAUACCCGCCACAAGUGCGGCGUUCCCGUUCUUACGGCUCCCACCAAUGGCGCUUCUCUCACCAACAGCCGGGUCUCCCACUCUGCCUACACCACCGAUGCAGCCUGCCCCAAGCUCUUCUUGUGGUACGACGGCAAAAUCAUCAGCUACCAGACGCUUGGCGGUGCCGGUCCCUCUUUCCCCAUGACCGGUUCGGAUCUCCUUCAGGACGGGACCCAUACCAUGUACGUCUCGGUUACGGGACCAGACGCGAACGGCCAGGAUCUGCCUCAGGUCGCUUCAGCUCCCAUCACGUUCACCAUCGAUACCCGUCACAGAUGCGGCGUUCCCGUUCUUACCGCUCCCACCAAUGGCGCUUCCCUCACCAACAGCCGAGUCUCCCAUUCUGCCUAUACCACCGAUGCAGCCUGCCCCAAGCUCUUCUUGUGGUACGACGGCAAGAUCAUCAGCUACCAGACGCUUGGCGGCGCCGGUCCCUCUUUCCCCAUGACCGGUUCGGAUCUCCUCCAGGACGGGACGCAUACGAUGUACGUCUCGGUUACGGGACCAGACGCGAACGGCCAGGAUCUCCCCCAGGUCGCUUCCGCUCCCAUUACAUUUACAAUCGACACCCGUCACAAAUGCGGAGUACCCGUCCUGACCGCCCCGACAAAUGGUGCGGCUCUCACCGAUAGUCGGGUUUCGCACUCCGCCUACACUACCGACGCUUCCUGCGCCAAGCUGUUCCUGUGGCUGGAUGGGAAGAUCAUCAGCUACCAGACCCUCGCCGGUGCAGGUCCGUCGUUCCCGAUGACCGGCUCGGACCUCUUGACGGAUGGGACGCACACCAUGUACGUCUCGGUGACCGGUCCAGAUGCGAGCGGCCAGGAUCUGCCCCAGGUCGCCUCUGCCCCGAUCACCUUUACGAUCGACACGCGUCACAAGUGCGGCGUCCCAGUCCUCACCGCUCCCACAGACGGCGCCGCCCUUACCGACAGCCGGGUCUCGCACUCUGCGUACACUACCGACGCUGCAUGCCCAAAGAUCUUCUUAUGGUACGACGGCAAGAUCAUCAGCUAUCAGACCCUCGGCGGUGCCGGUCCCUCCUUCCCCAUGACUGGCUCGGAUCUCCUCCAGGACGGCACGCAUACCAUGUAUGUCUCGGUCACCGGUCCGGAUGCAAACGGGAACGACCUCCCGCAGGUCGCUUCUGCUCCCAUCACCUUCACCAUUGACACUACCCACAAAUGCAACAUUCCGGUCCUCACUUCCCCAGCGGACGGAGCGGCCUUUACCGAUUCGCGAGUGUACACCUCGGGAUACACCACCGAUCCGCUUUGCAAGCGCACUCUGGUCAACCUUGAUGGCCAGGUGAUCGGCUACGAUGAUCUCGUCGGCGCGGGCGCGGCCAACGGCUUCUCUCGCUCUGAUCUGCUCAAGGACGGGUCGCACACCAUGUUUAUCAUUGCUGCGGGAGCCGAUGCGGACGGCAAGCAGUACUACACUGCACAAUCCGCUCCCAUCACGUUCAUUAUCGACACCACUCACAAAUGCGGCGUCCCCAUCCUCACCUCACCGGCGGACGGAGCGGUCUAUACCGACUCGCGGGUGACCACUUCGGGCUACACGACCGACCCACUCUGCAAGCGCACGCUGGUCAACCUUGAUGGCCAGGUGAUUGGCUAUGAUGACCUCAUCGGUGCAGGCGCGGCCAACGGCUUCUCCCGGUCUGAUCUCCUCAAGGACGGGACGCACACCAUGUACAUCAUUGCUGCGGGAGCCGAUGCCGACGGCAAGCAGUACCCUACCGCUCAAACCUCCCCCAUCACCUUUACCGUCAACACCGCCGUGCCGUGCGCUGCGCCGGUCAUCCUCACUCCCCGUGUCGAUACCGCCCAGGCCGGCCGGCAGCUCUUCAUCACCGGUACUUUUGCCGGAACCGAGGCGUGCCCCAAGGUGGCCUUGUCUAUCAACGGGGUGUACCAGGGUCUGGUGGGGACGUCUGGGACCAACUGGGAGUUCUACCCUCUGGUAGAUGCAGAUGGGGUGUACACUAUCUCGGUCGUAGGCAAGUCGAGCGAGGCGGCUGAGCUCGACUCGGCACCUACCACUCGGGACGUUACCGUCAACCAGGGUGUCUGUCCUCAGCCUGUCCUCACUCUUCCUGUUGCCGGGCAAACACAGUCGGACCGGUUCAUAGAGAUCCGAGGGACCAUCGCGCGUCCCGCCGAUUGCCCCUACGUUGCUCUCUACAUCAAUGGUGUCAACGUCGCAAGCGCCACCAUGGACGGGUCCAACUUUUACUCCAACAUCCUCGUCGAGGAGGAUGGACCGCACGAGGUCUACGCCCAAUCCAAGUCGAAUGUCGCCCAGAUCUACGAUUCGGACCUCACCGCCGCGGACCGUCAUACCGUCACCAUCUCUCCGGCUCCGCCUACCGUCUGCCCCGCCCCUGUCCUCACUUCCCCGGUCGACAACUCGGCGCAGAAUGGUCAAUCCAUCACGAUUACCGGUACAGCUACCGGCAGCCGGGUCUGCCCCGAUAUCCACGUUGCAGUGGACGGUGGAUACCCGCGGGCCGUCGUCAUUCAGCCCGACAACACCUUCAGUACCACCUGGCAAGUGACUUCCGAGGGGGCUCACUCGGUCACUGCCUUCACACAGUCCAGUCAGUCGGACUCGCUCAACUCGCCAGUCGUUUCGGCCGCUGUACGGAUCUACGCCGAGCCCUGUCCCGCACCCGUUCUCAUCUCCCCUAAAGCCGGCGAGACAUCCACCACCCAGAUCUACUUUUCGGGCACCCUCGACAAUCGGCCGGAAUGCGGCAAGAUCGAAGUCUAUAUGGACGGGAACCUCAUCUAUUCCACGGCGACGAGUACGGCCGCUGGACCCCGGCGGAAACGAGAGCUCGUCACCUUCGACUUUAACGUCCCGACAGCCAGUCUUCCGCCAGGACCUCACAAUAUCUAUGCGGUGGUUACCGGUGAUAACAAUGGGGUUCAGACGGCGCCGGUUCCUAUUACGGUGGCGAACAAUGCUGCUACGCCUACUGGUGGGAUGCGGAAGAGAGAAAGGUGUACCUCGGCUCAGACAAUCUGCCCGUUCAAGUCCAGCGGUAGAAUCGGGUUCGAGUGCGUGGACGACAUCCAGAACAACAUUGAGCGGUGCGGAGCAUGCGAUGGACCAGACUGUACCGAGAUUCUUCAUGCUUCUCAUGUCGCCUGCGUCCAGGCUCAAUGUAUCGUCUCACAGUGUAUGGAGGGCUACCUCCUGGUGGAUAAUGCGUGUACGCCGGGAUGGGGUCCGCUGGUCGUGCAGGAGUGA